AUGUCUAAGGCCAGGGCAUCCACUCAGGAACCCUCCAAGUCAACUGGAGGAGAAGAUGCUGCUGAGGAAAAGAAGAAGAGGGAGAGAAAAAGGGGAAGAUGGUGCAAGAAGGUAGACCCCAUGGCUGAAUUUGAGAAGCAUUCUUCUGAUGAAGAUGAUGAAGAAGAGGAUAAUGCUCCAGUACCCAAAGCUCAGAAGCUUAUGGGAGAUGCUAUUAAGUCAGGGGUUGCUCCAUCAAAGCCCAAGUCUGCUCCCAAAGCUCAAGCUCAGAAACCCCCAAAGCCCAAGAGGAACACCAGGAGCAUUCCUGCAGAAGAGAAGAAUAAGGCCCCAAUGCCUCAAGCUGAAGAAGAGGAUGAUGAGUUGGUUGCUUGA